CACAGACCGUCUGAGCGCGCACACGCACCCCGCGCCCCUACUUUUCGGGCGCACGCACACGCGCUCUGACGCCCUCACACACACAACAGACACACACACAGAGCAGGAGGAUAGGGAAGGAGAGAGACCUCCUGUUUUAUUCGCCUCCAACUUCUUGGUGUCUUUUCUUGUUCUCGUGUCUUUCUGCGUCUCCUCAUCCACCAAUGCGAGGAUUUCUUCUUCUCUGUUGUUGUCACCGUUGCUCUGACCCCGAACUGAGGGAAACCACUUCACCCGCCGCACGGGAGCAUGUGAGAUAAACCGCAGCUUCAACCAAGAAGAAGAAGAAGAAGAACGGAACCCAAAACUCAGAGAAAUGGAUAAACGGAGUUACCCCCUCGUGCUGCCGGCAGCGGUCCUCUACUUUGGACUUCUGGGAUUUACCGGUGGACAAUUCUUUCCAGGCGGCUGCACCUUCGAAGAGUCGUACAGCGGCUGCGGCUACAGCGUGUCUCUGGGAACCAAUGGAUUUACCUGGGAACAAGUCAACUCCUGGGAAAAACCCACCAUGGACCCGGCCCUGCCUACUGGUUCCUUCAUGGUGGUGAACGCGUCGGGUCGGGCCUCAGGGCAGAAGGCUCACCUGUACAUGCCCACCCUGAAGGAGAACGACACCCACUGCAUCGACUUCCUCUACUCUCUGUCCAGCCGCGACGGAGCCAGCCCAGGAACACUCAACGUCUAUAUCAAGGUGAAUGGAGGUGCUCAGGGAAACCCGGUGUGGAACGCCUCUGAUACCGUCACUGAAGGCUGGGUAAAGGCUGAGCUGGCUAUUUCUACCUUCUGGCCCAACUCCUAUCAGGUUAUCUUCGAAGCCGUGUCCGUCCAAGGCCAUCCAGGUUUCAUUGCCGUGGACGACAUACGUGUCCUGGCCCACCCCUGCCGCAAAGCGCCUCACUUCCUGCGUCUGCAGAAUGUGGAGGUGAACGUGGGUCAGAACGCCACGUUCCAGUGUACCGCCGGGGGGAAGUGGUCUCAGCACGAUAAACUCUGGCUUCAGCAGUGGAACGGCAGGGACACGGCCCUGAUGGUGACCAGGGUGGUGAACCACCGGCGCUUCUCCGCAACGGUCAGCGUCGGCGACACGUCCCAGCGAAGCACGAGCCGCUACCGCUGCGUGAUCCGCUCCGACGGCGGGUCGGGGGUGUCCAACUACGCCGACCUCAUCGUCAAAGCUCCGCCCACCCCCAUCGCUCCGCCCGAGCUUCUCUCCGUCGGCGCCACCUACCUUUGGAUCAAACCCAACGCCAACAGCAUCAUCGGCGACGGGCCGAUCAUCCUGAAGGAAGUGGAGUACCGCACCACAUCAGGGAACUGGGCGGAGAGCCACGUGGUCGAUGCCCCCACCUACAAGCUGUGGCAUCUGGACCCGGAUGUGGAGUACGAGAUCAAGGUCCUGCUCUCCAGACCCGGGGAGGGAGGAACGGGGCCCCCGGGGCCGCCGCUGGUCACCAGGACAAAGUGUGCAGAUCCAGUCCACGGUCCCCAGAGCGUCAACGUGGUGGACGUCAGAGCGCGGCAGCUGACGAUACAGUGGGAGACGUUUGGAUAUGCGGUCACACGCUGCCACAGCUACAAUCUGACGGUGCAGUACCAGUAUGCGUUCAACCAGCAGGAGUUCUCGGCAGAGGAGUUGAUCCAGACGUCGUCCCACUACACUCUGAGGGGGCUGCGGCCCUUCGUCACCGUCAGACUGAGACUGGUGCUGGCCAACCCCGAGGGCAGCAAGGAGAGCGAGGAGAUAGUCAAACAGACAGAAGAGGACGUCCCGGGCUCGGUUCCGAUGGAGUCUCUGCAGAACACGCCUUACGAAGAGAAGAUCUUCAUGCAGUGGAAAGCUCCCAAUGAAACCAACGGAGUCAUCACACUAUACGAGAUCACCUACAAGGCCCUGAGCUCGCUGGAUCCCAGCGCGGAUCUGACCACGCAGAGGGGCCGGGUGUUCAAGCUGAGGAACGAGACCCACCAUCUGUUCGUGGGCCUCUACCCGGGCACCACUUACUUCUUCACCCUGAAAGCCUCCACCAACAAGGGCUUCGGCCCGCCCGUCACCAACCGCAUCACCACCAAGAUAGCAGCUCCGAUGAUGCCGGAGUACGAGUCUGAGGCUCCGCUGAACGAGACGGAAACCACCAUCACCAUCCUGCUGAAGCCCGCCCAGUCACGAGGAGCUCCCAUCAGCUCCUACCAGCUCGUGGUGAAGGAGGAGCGCAAGUCCAAGACCCGGCGCGCCGCCUCCGAAGCCCCCGAGUGUUUCUCCGCCCCCGUCAGCUUCCGCAACGCCUCCAUCUUGGACUCGUCGUACUACAUCGCCGCCGACCUGCCGCCGGCGAGCGUCACGGUGGUACAGCCGUUCACGGUCGGGGACAACAAGAGCUACGGCGGCUUCUGGAAUCCUCCGCUGUCCCCGGCCAAGAGCUACAGCAUCUACUACCAGGCCAUGAGCAGAGCCAAUGGGGAAACCAAAAUCAACUGUGUCCGCCUGGCUAACAAAGUGGUAAUAGGUAGGGGACAAAUAACAACGCCGUACAUUCUAGUCAUCCCAAGCGAAGGUGCGUCCACUCAGGACUCGGAUGCCAUGGAGCCGGAGAAGCAGGUGGACAGCACAGUGAAAAUGGCCGGAGUGAUCGCAGGGAUCCUCAUGUUCAUCAUCAUCCUGCUCGGCGUCGUCCUCACCUUCAAACGCAGAGAGAUUCACACGUGGAGAACUCUGAGCGUGGGGAAGUUGGCAAAGAAGCAGAAGGAGACUGCCAGCAGCUCCACUCAGCAGAGGGAGAUGGGUCCGGUCACCACGGCUGAUAAGAGCACCACUAAAGUCAGCACGCUGCACAAAGACGACCCCUUCUCCACCUCCAACCAGGACCUCAACGGAUUCACCUCCCCCUCCACCUGCUCCUUCUCUGUGCAGGGAAGCAAGACGCUGCAGAGCAAAUCCCUGCUGAACUCCUACUACUCAGUGUCCAAAGAGCCAGUUCCAGCCACGACUUCCAUCGACAGUAGCCAGCCCUCGCUCUCCCAGCCCUCUCUGACCCUGCAGAGUUUUCCCUAUGGCGGCUGCGAGUCGGUGGAGCUCUCCUACCAGAGUGGUCAGUUCCAGGCCGGCCAGUUCCAGCCGGCUAUCCGAGUCGCCGACCUCCUCCAGCACAUCACCCAGAUGAAAUGUGGACAGGGCUACGGCUUCAAGGAGGAGUACGAGGCCCUGGCAGAGGGACAGACGGCGCCCUGGGAAACGGCCAAGAAGGACGAGAACCGCAACAAGAAUCGCUAUGGCAACAUCAUCGCUUACCCCACAGACGACCACACCAGAGUCCGCCUGCAGCUGCUGGAGGGAGACCCCCACUCCGACUACAUCAACGCCAAUUACAUUGACGGGUACCAUAGACCCAGACAUUACAUCGCCACACAAGGGCCCAUGCAGGAGACGGUGAGGGAUUUCUGGAGGAUGGUCUGGCAGGAAAACUCGGCCUCCAUCGUCAUGGUUACCAACCUUGUGGAAGUGGGCAGGGUGAAGUGUGUGCGGUACUGGCCCGACGAGACCGAGGUGUACGGAGACAUCAAGGUGACCCUGAUAGAAACGGAACCACUCGCAGAAUACGUCAUACGGACGUUCACCGUCCAGAAGAAGGGUCACCACGAGAUCCGCGAGCUCCGUCAGUUUCAUUUCACCAGCUGGCCGGACCACGGCGUUCCCUGCUACGCCACCGGGCUGCUGGGCUUCAUACGACAGGUCAAGUUCCUCAACCCGCCGGACGCCGGGCCCAUAGUGGCGCACUGCAGCGCCGGUGCAGGGAGGACGGGCUGCUUCAUUGCGGUGGACAUCAUGUUGGACAUGGCAGAGAACGAAGGCGUCGUGGACAUUUUCAACUGCAUCCGAGAGCUGAGAUCACAGAGAGUCAACAUGGUGCAGACGGAGGAGCAGUACGUGUUCGUUCACGACGCCAUCUUGGAGGCGUGUCUAUGUGGGAACACAGCCAUACCAGUGUGCGAGUUCAGAGCCAUUUACUACAACAUCAGCAGACUGGACCCACAGACCAACUCCAGCCAGAUUAAAGACGAGUUCCAGACUCUGAAUAUAGUGACCCCUAGAGUCCGUCCAGAGGACUGCAGCGUGGGUUUGCUACCCAGGAACCACGACAAGAACCGCAGCAUGGACGUCCUAUCAGCGGACCGAUGUCUGCCCUUCCUCAUAUCUGUGGACGGAGAGAGCUCCAAUUACAUCAACGCCGCAUUAAUGGAUAGCCACAAACAGCCGGCAGCCUUCAUCGUUACCCAGCAUCCUUUGCCAAACACCAUGGGGGACUUCUGGAGGCUGGUGUUCGACUACAACUGCUCUUCCAUUGUGAUGCUCAAUGAGAUGGACGCAGCGCAGUUAUGUAUGCAGUACUGGCCAGAGAAGAGUUCGUGUUGCUAUGGUCCCAUUCAGGUGGAGUUCAUAUCAGCAGACAUCGAUGAAGACAUCAUCAACCGGAUCUUCAGGAUCUGCAACAUGGCCCGGCCACAGGACGGUUACCGCCUGGUGCAGCACUUCCAGUUCAUUGGCUGGCCGGCCUACAGGGACACGCCCCUCUCCAAGCGCUCUAUCCUCCAGUUGGUCCGGAGGCUGGCGAAGUGGCAGGAGCAGUAUGACGGAGGAGAUGGGAGGACUGUGGUGCACUGCCUUACCGGCGGAGGACGCUCUGGAACGUUCUGUGCCAUCUGCAGCAUCAACGAGAUGAUCCAGCAGCAGAACAUCGUGGAUGUUUUCCACACCGUCAAAACGCUGAGGAACAACAAGACUAAUAUGGUGGAGACAAUGGAACAGUACAAGUUCUGCUAUGAAGUGGCUCUGGAGGCGCUCAGCUCCUUCUGAUUGGCCGUGGACGCUGCCUGUCGUUGUCAACGUGGGGGACACACAAAGUGCAGAAGUGCUGUGUGUUGACCUGAAACCCAACCUGUGAGCAUGUGUGCCUGUGUGUGUGUGUGAGAGAGAGAGUGUGUGUGUGUGUGUGUGUGUGUGAGUGAGUGGGAAUAAGAGAGAGCAUGCCUGCAUAUCUGAGUGUGUGUGUUUGUGAGUGUGUAUCUAUAUGUGUGCCUGUGACGACAACACACACGCACACAACUUGUACAGAAGAGAAAACAAAGCUACAAACACACACUGGUGAAUUGUGUGUGUGUGUGUGUGUGUGUGUGUCUGUUUACUUCAGUGACACUGAGGACUUUACCUGCUUGUAAAAAGAAAAAAUGAUAUGUUAAAAAAAAAAAAAGAUCAGAUGUUUAAAAAGAAAAACGCCUCUUUCUCUCUCUCUCUCACUUUACUCUCUCUCUCUCUCUCUCUCUCUCUCUCUCUCUCUCUCUCUCUCUCUCUCUCUCUCUCUCUCUCUCUCUCUCUCUGCUGGGCUGUGAUGUGACUAUUGUACAGUAUUUCCUUUUUAGAUAUAUUCUGCGCCUUGAAUGUUGUCUCCCUCUGACGGCUGGAUGCACACGGCAAGAUUUUUGUGGGGAACUUUCACAUUUAGCCGAAGAUCAAGCGAAGCCUCGACUCUGCAACCUUUAUCCUCCCAGAGUUUUAUUUUUUUUAUUUUUUUUAAUAGAAAGUAUUUGGGCGAGUUCAGCUCUUGAUGUUGUCGAGGAAGAUUCAGUUUCUCCGGAUCAAAGCAAAAAAAAUAAAUCUACAGAGUCCUGUUAAUGUUUCUGACGUUUUUUUUUGAAAAUAAAUUUCCUUCUGGCAAAAGAGGCUCUCGGCCGCGGGAAAUGUGGAAUGCUAAUGAAACUUGUAAUCCAGUAACUGGCAACACAAACUCUCAGCAUGGCUCCUCUUCCUUCACACGGCAGAAACAAGUCAUCUGGAACUUUCUUUUGACAAAAAACCUUUUGCUUUCACGAGGGGUUUGAAACUCCUGUUACAACGGGGGAAAGAGGGCGGAGUCAAGUGCACGGUGCAGAACAACAACCGCAUUAGACAAACAAACAAAAAAAGAAAAAGAAAAUCCCUGCCUUGCCUUUCAGAUUAAAUGUUGUAUCUGCUUUUAUUUUAUUGUUUUAAAACUAAGUCUAAGAAGGAAAAAAAGUUUCCUAAAUGAUUUUUUGGAAAGUCCACAUCUUGUUGUGUGUAUCCACCCUGACUGUAAAUAAGAAAAGACAACCACAGUCAAACAAACAAACAGACAAACACCAGACACGUCACGGACAAAACUCAUCGUUUCAAAACACAGUCGCUCUGGAAACAGCUGCGUCAGCGUCUUUCUCAGCCACUUAGUGACUGACGUCUCCUGUUACCUUUCUACAAACUGUCCAUUCAGACAUGUCGUCUAAAAAAAAAUCUAUAAAUCAGAUGUGUUUCUUUUUUUUGCAUAUUGCACAUUUAGCUGAUCCCAAACUCCAGAGGGAACCUAGAAUGAGGAAGUAAUGGGAUUAAAGAAGCAGAUCAUCCUGCAUCAGGGAUGAGCCGCACUUCGGAGUAUGAAGAAUUACAAUUAGUGACGUUUUUUUUUCCCAGAUUUAAAAAAGAACAAAACAAAAUGCUACCAUCCUUCUUUCCGAUGCAGUUGGUCAAUGUGGUGGUUUGAAACUUGCUUUGCCUUGAAAAUGCUCAGAAGACAACGAACGAACCGAAGUUAAUAGUUGUUCAGAAUUAAGACGGAGCCAAAUAUGUUCACCACACAACUUCUGAACUUCCCGGUAAAAGCCUCACGUUUCUUUUCAGGACGGUGUAAACAUGCAGUGGUUUCAAGUCUCAGUUUUGUAUUUUUGUUAAUGUUUCUGCUCGUGUGACCAUGAAAAUCUGAUUUGUGUCAUUUGUGUUUCAAAAUUUAGAUGCAAAGGCAGAGGGGGUUUAUUUAAACAGACCUUUUUUUUUUUUUUUAAAUCAUCCACUUGUGGUGUCAUCACGUGUUUGCAAGUAUUAGUAUCAUCUUAAAUCAAACCUGGAUUCAUAGCUAAUCCAAUAAAACUACACAGAUCCAGACUUCAUACUCUCCAUUGUUGAAUAAUGAUUAUCAAAUUAAAGCCACAUCUAGAAAUGGACUUUUAUUGUUGGAUCUGCACUCAUAGAUUUCAGCCCCAUGAACCAUGAAUCCAGGAUUCCACACUUUCCCACAAUGUUAAAGACAAUGAUGCCGUCCUGGUGCGUGCACACAUUUUAUGAGUUUAAUUCUUUCUUGACCUGAGUUCCAUCAACCAAGCGUCAUGGAAAUCUGUUCAGUAAGUUUUGCAAACAAACAAAUAAACCAAUGAACAAAAACGAAACCUCCUCGGUAAUUAAAUCAGGCAGGAAGCUCAACGGUUACUUUCAGAACCGAAUUGUCCACGAGUCUCCUGCUGAUGUGUUUCCUGUUGGAUUUGUCCACCUCUGGAUGAAUUGAAGUAGAAACAGCAGCUUCGGGAUUUGACAGUUUUCCUCUGACCGGUCAUUUGUCAUUAAAAUGAAACACGAAGAUAAAGAGACAGAGGUCACGUUUACUUUUCCUGACAAGCCGGUUGAGGUGAGCGGCUUUUAAAAAUUAAUGGGACAAACUUACUUAAUGGUCUGAUAGGAAAUGGAUUUUGCUCGGUGACAGAAGGUCAACACAGAAGGGAACGUGCUGGAGGGGGAGUUAAUGAGAAUUCGAGCGGAUGUGUCUUCAUCCUCAGAUCCUCUCCGCUCAUUAGGAACCUUUCACUCGCUCUGUUGUCCCGUUUAAAGGUGAGAAACUAAACUCUCACGCUUUUGUUUGAGCGACCGCUGAGCGACCUCGACACCGGAGUCAGGGCUUCACUCUCAAACACCACGGGUCGGUUUUGAAACAAUAAAAGAGAAACAAUUUUGUCCAUCAAAACAACAAAAAAAAAGAUAGUGUAACAAUCAUGUGAUUUGCUUUUACGUCCCAUCGCGUCAAAUCAGCAGGUGUUUAUAUUUUCAGGAAAUGGAAAGUUACUUUUACAUUUGACGGAGGCGAAGGUUCAUCUUAACUUAGCAAAGUUUGCUCGUAGCUUCCGACGCUCACGACCAGAACCAGCAUACUCGUACGAAAAAAAAAAAUCGUUGUGGCGAACUGUUGAGUCUGCGCUUAGACGCUUAACUUUUUAUUUCUUCUUUUGUAUUGUUUGCCGGAGUCCAGUCAGGCUGGUAAAUGGACCUAUCGUAUUGAAGACAAUGUGAAUGCCAGAAAAUCCUUUUUAUUUCCACUGAGGCUUUAUUGUAUUGUAUCAGUUGACGGCCAUUCAUCUUGUAUUAUAUAUUUUUAUUUUCUUUCUGGAAUUGAUUUUUAUUUGUUGGUUGUUUUGGGGUUUUUUUUGUCCUGAAUUUGUACAUUUCUUUUUGUAUAAUUAUUAUUCUGAUGAUUAUUUGUCUAGCAAAGUGUUGUUUAGAUCUGGUGAUGCCAUUACCAUUGGUUGUUUAGUUGUUUGAAAUGUGGUUAACAUGAAAUAAAAGGGACCAAAAUGUUGAA